UUCACGCCGUUGGAAAAUCUCUUUCGACUGUUGUUACUUUGAUUAUUGAUUUUCCGGUCAGUAAAACCCACAAAAUUCAGCACUCGAUGCUUAUUCUGUUACGGAUUAAGGAGUAAGGUGAUAAUUAUUGUGAGUAGGCAGAAUGUAUGGUGUUGGUGGACAGUAAUAGGGCUGUGGGGACAUGAUAUUGGGUUCGAUUUUCGGGGUCAUAGAUGACAGAGAAAACGUCAAUAGUUGAGGGAUGGAAAACGAACAUAUUAAGAGGCUCUUACUUCCCGACGAGGAGACUCUUGUCGAACAGAUCAUAAGGUAUGGCCUCUAUGUCGGUGCUGUCUUCCAAGUUAUCUGCAUUUUAACAGUGGCUAUUUAUCAUAAUUGGCCGGGCGAUGGGUUCUCAUCACUCAAGGACGAUCCAACGAGCGAUGUUGACUGCUCGGAGAGCAGUCCACAGGUGACUCCCAGGAAGCCCCAUCGUGGCCGAAAACAGGAGAAGAAGAAGAGACGUUGAAAUAUAUCAUCCCCAUGUCAAUUGAGGGGAAUUAUUCAGAUCAUUAAUGUAAUUUAUCUUCGAAUUAUUUGUACUUCAUAGCUUCAGUUCAACAUUUUUGUAUCUAAUAUGAAUAUUUAUAUGAGAGGUGGGGAAAAUAUCGACUUUAUCAACGAAUCAAUCUUUAUGUAUUGUUGUACUGACUGAUUUUAUUGACAAUAGAAAUUAGGGAGUAAGAGAUGUGAUGAAAAUCAA